AGAUUGAGAUACACAUUUCUCCAUCAGUAUGUGUGUGAAAUGCUGGAUUGCUCUGCUCCGGGCACAUCCAAGUCGUCUAGCUUCAGUGUUGUCGUCGGCUUAGUCAGAGGACAGACACAUUCCCUUCUCUCUUCUGCUGGAGUGUAGCUGCUCUGUCCUGGAAAACAUCUGGCCUCCAUGAGUGCUGCUGGGGAAAUCCUCCCUGUCCCUGAAGAUGGGCAAUACCUCAGAAACUACCCAUUUUGUUUCUACAAUCCUGAAGGAGCAUGAUGUCUUCAUGGGUUCCUUAUACACAGUCUUCUGUAUUCUGUCCAUUUUAGGAAAUAGCAUUCUGCUCUUUGUGGCAUAUCGUAAGAGAUCGUCCCUGAAGCCAGCUGAGCUAUUCAUCAUAAAUUUGUCUAUUAGUGACCUGGGGAUGACAGUUUCUUUGUUUCCUCUAGCGAUUCCAUCAGCAUUUGCUCACAAGUGGUUGUUUGGGGAGUUGAUGUGUUUAUGCUAUGCUGUAUGUGGUGUUCUUUUUGGAUUGUCAAGCCUGACAAACCUUACAGCUCUCUCUUCUGUCUGCUGCCUCAAAGUCUGCUUCCCAAACUAUGGUAAUACAUUUUCCUACUCUCAUGCCUGUCUGAUGAUAGUGGGCGUGUGGUGUUAUGCCACCGUAUUUGCCGUGGGGCCCUUGGCAGGUUGGGGCCACUACGGUCCUGAACCCUACGGGACAGCCUGCUGCAUAGACUGGUAUGCACCACGCCAAGACGUUCUGUCCAUGUCCUACAUCGUCUGCCUCUUCCUCUUCUGCUAUGCCCUUCCAUUAGCCAUCAUUGUCCUCUCCUAUAUCAUGAUCUUAAUCACUUUGCGAGGAUCACGGCAGGCCAUACAGAAACAUGUGUCUGCACAAACCAAGACGACAAAUGCACAUGUUCUCAUUGUAAAGCUUUCAGUGGCGGUCUGUAUUGGUUUUCUGAGCGCAUGGAGCCCCUAUGCGGUUGUGGCAAUGUGGGCCGCAUUCGGAGAACCCGAUCAAGUCCCACCUCUAGCCUUCGCUAUAGCGGCUAUCUUUGCCAAGUCCUCCACCAUCUACAACCCUGUGGUCUACCUGCUAUUUAAACCCAACUUUCGUAAAUCUUUAAGCAGGGACACAGCUCAGAUACGCAGACGAAUUUGUUCCAGCCCAUGCAAGGCAAGUCCUGUGCCUGAAGGAAAGGAUCUUUACCCGCAAGCAUCCCUACGUUACAAAAAGGAAGUUAGCAAUUCCACUCGCUUUUCCAAUGGCCUGGGGGAAAACCACGAUGCUUGUGUUCAGUGCACGAAGACAGUUUCUUAUUAUCAAAAGGACACGCCUUUAAGAACUGCCUGCGUGCUCAUGGGUACAUCCGACUACAGCGAGCCGCCUGUGAGUCAGCUGCCAGAGGCAAUGCAAGUUCGCCUAAUGUGAAUGCCUUUUCCUAGGACAAACGUGAGGAAAAGAUGAACGAGUGCCUGGAAAUGUAACCUGUGGCCAACAGAGAUAAGCACAAGAUGUUGUGUAUUUGGGUCAGAGAUGUUGUUUGUUCAUAAAACAAUUGAAGAAAAAAAUGUGUCUGAGCAGUAACCAAGGCAAGGGCUGACCUUAGUAAAGGGUUUAUUGGGGGAUGUUGGUGAGUUUACCAAGAAAUCACAGAUGUCUAAGAACUGGAAAUCAAUGGUGUCCAUUAGAAUAGAAAAAUGAUUCAUUAGCUCUCUUUUAAACAGAAACCAUGUAAUAAACCACAGUCACCACCAUAACAUGAAGCAGUGUUAAUGUAACUAAUUAUACUGAUGAUCUUUGAUGGUGCUGGAUGUUUCUUUCUUGUUUACUUUAUUUUAUAUUUUUUGUCUUUCUCAGGUUUUCAUGUCAAUUAAUGCUAUCUUUUUAUAUGGGAGCCAACAUGGCGAGUUUGCACAUAUAUCAAUCAAUCAGUAAAGUAACAUUUACCAUGUUGAUCCCCAUAUUAAAUGAUUAUUACUGAAGAAAGGAACACUGAAAAAAAAAACGCAGCGAGUUAAAAGUGCACCUAUUUCAAUGCAAAAACACAACGCUAUUUUGUGUGUUUGGUAUAAUACAAUGUGUUCACGUGGUUUAUGGUUAAAAACACAUUAUUUCCCACAUGCAUACAUUUUUGUAGCUCCAGAUUUCACUCUCUUAAUGAAAAUCUGUACGUUAUGAUUGGUCUGAAUACCUCUGACGUCAGCCGGAAAUGUGACGCUCCUUACAAUGUUUGAAAGAUUCGCUCACAAUGCAAUGCUAACAGGAGUUAACUUACAGGCUGUGAGUCUGAAGCGGGAGGAAUUAUUUUGAUAAUGUCGAUCUUGUCUACGUCAACAAGCCCAGGAAGUAAACUGUUGCCUACAAUCCAUGUGUUUGUUGUAGUCCAAGAAAAGAGAUUUACGUUGGAGACUAUAACUCACGUCAUCAUUUACUUUGGGGUCUGUACUAGAGGUCUUCACGGGUCCUCUUAGAUCCGAAAACCCGAGGUCCGACCCGAUCGGGUUCGGGUCUAAAAGUUUCACAUGUGCCUCGGACAUGACUCGGGUACAAUAGCGGCAUCGGGUCUCGGGUAAUUUAAAAAUGAAUGUGUUUUUUCUGAACGGACCCGGGAAGUUCGGGUCAGACUUGGGUCUAAUUUUCUCGGGUUUGUCUCGGGUCGGGUCUUUUUCUUAAAUUUUUUUUAUUUACGCACGUCGGGUUCGGGUAUGAAGGGAUUUGGGUCAUUUCGGGUCGGGUACAUUUCUUUGGACACGAGAAGACCUCUAGUCUGUACCUUUUGCAUAUCGUUAAUAUGUAAUACACACCAAAGGAAAUGUAAAAUCGUGAAUCGGACCAUAGGUGCUCUUUAAACAACUUAAUUAUGCAAGUUUUGACAUGAGUGUUGACAUAACUUAGAAAAACAAGUUGGAAUUGUUUAAUUUAAUUUGUUUAGUUAAAGGAACAUGUUUGUGUGCUUAUGUGUUAAUUAUGUGUCAACGUGUUGUGCUUAUAAACAUACAUAGACCACUGAAUCAUACAUCAGCAGUGACAUUACACUCUCAGAUAAAAGGUACAAAAGUUGUACCCUUUUGUCACUGGGACGGUACCUUUUAAAAGGUCUGAGUUUGAGGUACAAGUGCAAGACCAAUAUUUACCUUUUAGGUACAAACGUGUACUUUUUGAAAAGGUACCACCCCAGUGAUAACGUCUGUACCUUCAUGUACCUUUAUUCCUGAGAGUGUACUGGGUAUUGGACUGGGCAAGUUUGCUCUGUAAACACAAGUACUAUGGGAGGGCUGCUGGCAUUCUUGAUAAAAAAACAAAAUAACAUUAACACUUCCCAAUUGAUUUCAAUGGUUUAUUACAUAAAGUAUGAAAUGAUUACUUUCCAGUAAAAUCUUGAAAGUAUCUCAAAAUUUAGACUUAUUUUUGUAUGAUAUUUGACUUAUUUUUCUUGGUUAUUAACUGUGGAGACACCCCUAUGUAAUGUGUACUGUAUUUAUAAGUAUGCCACAAACAGUGAUUAUGCAAAGAAUUGUUGAAUGCAAUAGUUUCAUGAAAAGCAGCUGCUUAUCAGAUGAUCAUUACAUGAACUGAAAGACGUGUGGAUGAGGAAAUAUCACAUGGCAUUUUGUAACAAUGCAGCAUUUGUCACCAACAUUUUGUUUAACUCCAGUGAGCUAUGGUUUGCAUUGCAAGGCAAGACAAAAAUAACUCCUGAAGUGGAUGGAAAUCUGCAAGACAAUCAAUUACUUUGAGGGCAAAAAAAUUUGAUCUUUUCACUUUCGCUAGGCCAUGACUUUUUUUCGAGGGUGACGCGCACGGUGCGAAACUCGUCACAACAUGUAUUUAGCCGUCAUUUGUGUGGCUCGUCAUGUCAAAAUAUGUGUUUGGCGCGUCAUGUAAACCUAUGUGCAUACGUCAUGUCAAAAUAAGUGUAAAGUAAGUGUCUUGCGAGUAUUUUGUGAAUGUGAGCGUCACUUUUAUCAUAAACACUGUGCAGCAGAUACGUAGUUUAACAUGACACAUGAUGCACAUGGUUCACAUGACGCAACAAACACAUAUUUUGACAUGACAUGCUGCAUGACACGAUGAACACAUAUUUUGAAUUCACCCCCUCGGAAGAGAUGUCAUCGGCCCCCACUGUGCUUAUCGCUUCGUUAAUUGCUUCGUUAAUGCCAAAAGGCAGCGUAAUAAUAAUAAUACACCUAUCUUACCUUCUGAUUUAUGGAAGAACACUGCACUGUAAAAGGCAAGCGAUGAGUCGCUACAACUUAUAAAAUAUUGUUGAAAUGAGUCAACUUCCUCUAUACUAGUCAAGACAAAUAAGUUAAAAUGACGUGUAGAUCUGAAUUAAUCAGGGAGCAAAGAAUUUUUUACAGUGUGUAAGUAUUGGUGACAAUCAUACGGUAUGUAAAACAAUACAUUUAUAUGCUUGGUCAUUUCUUAUUGCUUUUAGCUUUCCAGUAUAACACCAAAUGAUGUCACCCCACUCAAUACAGUAUACUGAAAUGAGCACAUUUACUUUAAAAGUUCAAAUCAUUUAUUGCUUCACUAUGCCAAAUGCCCUAUCCCUUUCUUAACUAUACACUAUACUUUUCUUUUGGUUUUGAUUAAACGUGAAAAUUGUGAGUUACACUAAUGGGAUUCUCUAAAUUAUGUGCCAUACUUAAAUGGUUUCUUGGAAAAAAAUGAGUAACCUUGCUGAUUCAAAAAGACUGCUUGUUUAUUUCAAUAUGCAUCUUGAAAAUUGAAAUUGAAAAUUACCCAAUCAAUGGUCACUAGCUUUUCUGGCUUAACUAUAAUUUUUGUUUGUUUUAUUUUAUUAUUUUCACAUUUCUGGUCACACGCUGUAAUAUAUACCUAUAUAUUAUUUGUUUUGUAAAUAAUAAUUGUAUAACUUUGGAAUUCACAAUGAAAAGAAAUGUUUACACA